UUCACCGUUCCGCCUGGGUUUCCUUUAUGAUCCCGGGAUGUUCCUCCUCUCACACCAGACAUCAGCCAGCAACAGAGGAGAGCGCACGCACUCAUUUCGGGUCCACGCAUCUUCCGACUGCAGCUGCAAACGGGGGGCCACCCAACUCACAGCUGUCAUCGCACCUCAGGACCUCCACCAGGACUUCUAUUAAAAAAAAAAAAAACCUUAAGAUCGUCCCUACCACGCCGGGAUUUAAGGCUGCGAAGAGGACUUCUCCAAUCUACUUGCCAGCCAACAUGUCCGAGGUGCUGCCAUACAACGAGGGGAAAAUGAGCGGCUACGGGGCUGACAGCGAGGUCAGCCAGAUGUCCUUUAGCUGCGGACUGCAGGACACAAGCGCCUUUUUUGCCGGCUCGCAGGCCAAGAGACCCCCGAAGCUCGGCCAGAUCGGCAGAGCCAAGCGAGUGGUAAUCGAGGACGACCGAAUAGACGAGGUCCUCAAAGGGAUGACAGACAAGUCGUCGCCUGGGGUUUAAAGAUCCGCCUCCGUUGAGCGAUGCCUUGCAGACUCUUUUCAUUUUGAUCACCGAUUUGAAGCAUUUGUCGGCUGUGCAUGUUGGAGGAUUGCAGAGGGGGGGGGGGGGGGGAGGAGGAGGAGAAAAAGAAGACGGCCACACACGCAGUGAGGAUGACGAUGGGAUGAAACGCGGUGGAGGAAAAGCAAGCUAACCAGAAGGAUGGAAGAGGAGGAGUGGAAAGAUUCGCCGUGGGAUAUCGCUGGCAAUCCUCCCAAAACGAUUCCCGCUUUUUCUUGUCUUUUUUCGGGAAGAAAAAUCCCCACUCCCCUCCCCCCGCCAAAUGCCGAGACGUGGCGUCUCGAUGUGCGCUGGCUUCAUUCUGAAAGGUGAUGGAUGAACUUGUCAUUUAAACAAACACCACCACCCGCCGCUAUGUCCUUUUGUUCCCCCCCCCCCGCGCCAGACGCAAGCAAAAACAAGCGUCGGGCUGAAGCUCGACGUUGUACAGUAGGCUCAGCUUGCACCACCCCCUCCCCUCCCCGCCUCUUGCAUUCAAGGGAGCUGUCCUUUCAGCACCGCUCCAAUGCAUUCCUGUUGCUGCUCUACUCCUUUGGUAUCCCACUCCCCCUUCUUUUCCCCCGAAAGACCAAGCAAACUUUCAAAUCUACUUCUUACUAAAGGAGACCAGAUUGUAUGUAAAAACAUAUAUCCGAGGAUGGUGCAAUGUUAAUAUUUUCUGUAGUGGAACGCCACGGGAUUUCUUUCUGCCAUCAGUGGUUAAAAAGCAGCAGGUUGGUGUAGCUGCACCUGCACAUAUCUUUGACGAAAAUAUAAGACUUUUGUUUUUGCUGACCAUUUUCAUGAGCUCCACUGAAAAAUCUAAUCAUUUUCCGACACGAAAAGACCUGAGACUUCAAAAUAUUCCUCAAGAAAAUGUGUUUGUGAGCUCUCCUCCUUCACCGAGAUAAUCCAGCCACCUCACAGGUGUGGCGCAGCAAAAUGCUAAUUCGACAGGAUGAUCGCUGCGCAUUAUCAAGCGAGCUCACUCUAAAAUAUACAAUUAUACUAUAUUGAAUCAAACUAACAUAAAUGGCAGGCAUAUUUGUAAACAAUUAUUCAAAAGAGCCAGGCCUUUGUUGUGCGUAGAACGUCCGCAAAAAUAUUUCUGUUCAGCUCAUGAAAAAAUGGGAGCAAAAUCAAAAGUGUUGCUUUGAUAUUUGGGUUCAUUAUUUUUAUGACUAUAAUUAUUUACAUUUGAUUAUUUAACAAACAGUGGCCAAAUGAAGGAGAUUAAAUAGAAUAUGAGUAAAUGUCGAAACUAAUACGCAGAACACGUCUUGGUUCCAAACAGUGGUACGUUGACUUCGAUUUACAAAUGUUUCCAGUCACCAAGCCACAAUCUCACUUUAUCUCACUAUAUCAUCGAGAGGAAACAAAAAGGUCUACUUCCAUAUCCGUGCCCUGGUUAUAAUAAUUGUUUUUCUAACGAGUACUGUAAUGCCCUCCCAUGUGGGCAAGGAGAGCCGGUUUAUUGAACGGGACCGUCAAACACAAAAAUGCAAAAUGGGAAAAAAUGGCAAGAAGCUGAUGUGGACUACAACCACAACUGGCAAACCUGAAUUCAGCUCACUAGGACACGCCCCUUAAAUGCACACGAAUACUCCAGUAUCUGCAGUAAUUAAACAAUACAGUGCAUUGAUGGUGUUUUCAAAGAUGGAAAAUUGAUUUGCUGAAUUGAUUAAUUGAGUGACAGGCUUGCUCACUGAAUGGAUUAGACUCGUUAGUCAAAGUACCACUGUACUUGUUAUUUUGCAAUUUAUGGUGUUUUAUGUCAUGCAUGAAUUCUCACUCCGGUGCCAACGUAGGUGCCAUCACGCUUACCCCAGGCACGCUUGUUUUUAAACAGAAAGGUCAUAUUUGUAUUUUUAUAUCUAAAUAUUUGUUAUUUAAAUGAUAUGCUCGUAUUUGGUCUUACAGUUCAUCGACAAAAUAGCCAGUUUCUACUCGGGAGAGGACGCGAGGAACGAGACGAAGUUCGUUUUCGCUCGACUGCUCUCGUUUGUUUAUCAGAGCUCGGAGGGUUUUUUAAAGACUAACUGAAUGUGUCUGGGUUUUUGCACACAUCGAUGUUCAACUAUUAGUAAGAAAUCGUAUACUGUGACUUGAGCUUCGUUGACGAAUUUGUUAGAAAAUGGCAGUUUUAGAGUAUAUUGCACUGUUUAUGAGUAUGAGCAAAUGACGGUGUUAUUUGACCCAUUUUGAACAUUGCAAUUUAUUUUUGUUUUGUUUUUUUAAGUUGGCUUAUUUUAUACCACCAUUUUAAAGAAACUGGAUAUGGUUUGUUGUGCAUGAAUCCUUAAUAUUUUCAAUAAUGGAACAUCAUUUUAUGAAGCAAAAAAAAAAUAA